AUGGGUACAUCAAUUUGUGUGAAAGGAUCUCAAUAAACUUAAUCUGAAGUUAAAACAAAUUCAACACGCUCACUUAAAUUAAAUGGUCCUCCUCAUUUAUUUAAACCAACUCCUAUUAUCAGUAUUUUAAUAACUGAUUAAUAGGUUGAGAAGGAAGAAUCUCCUAAAAAAGAAUUAAGUGAAUAAUAAAAUCAAAGUUAGGCUGAAUAAAGAUUAUAAUAUACAGCAUAACAAUCUGAAGAAAUAGAUAGCUAACAAUAAAAUCCAUGGAUUAAAAAAAACUUUGUCAUUGAAGUCAUCAAUGUAUCCAGAUUUAAAAAUGAUGAUAUUAGUUAUUCAAACAAUGUUAAUCUAAAUAAUUCUUUUGAACAAAAAAACUCAUUAGGUGAAGCUUCAAAAUAAAAACCUAUACUUAAAAACAAAAGCGGACAAGAUAGCUCAAAUAUUUCAAUUUCAGCUGGCUCUUAAAGAUCGAUUAAAAAAGUUUCUUUUGACAAAAAAUAGCAAGUAUGGUAUACAAAAUGUAAAAAUUGA